CUAACCUUGGAGCAAAAGCUUCCGCCACGUCUUUCCGACGCGCUUACAACAAAUUACAAAUUGCAACAAAUUUACGAGGGCGCAUCAACCACGACACACGGAAGCAAAAUGAAGGAUUUUGGGGAAUAUCCGCCAAAUAUGGCACCCCAGGAUGCCCUCAUCGUACGCGAACAAGCUGAACCUGAUCAUGCUGUCGUGCCAUAUACCGGCGAAGAUCUUGCGCGCCCCAAACUUGGACCUCUUAAUCCAUUCAAGGACGAAGCAAAUACGUUAAAACGCAAAAAUGUGCUUACUGGUAAUGCGGAAGAGACUUUUCUCAGCGAACACACUUUCCGCAGCAAGCAUCGCGCAAUCGAACGCAAAGGCGGCCCAGAGAGAGAAUAUCAAUCAGGUACUGCAGUAAAAGAAGAAGCAGCUAAAUUGAGGGCGUCGAGACAAAAGAAGGGAGACGCGACUAUUGCUGAUGGAGAUGGCGCAUACGUAGGACCAUGGGCGAAAUAUCAAAAGGAUGAAUACGAAGAAGUCGGGGAAGACGAAGAACUAGCAAGUGAUGAAGAGGUGGAAUACGUUUACGAAGAUGAGGAUGACGUUGUCGCAAGUGGUACUGUCGUCUCGGCACCUCCUGAGGCUAUAGCGAGGAGGAAGGAAGUGGAGGAACUGGGAGACGAACAAACCAUAUUCCACGGCCAACAAGAAUACGACUACCAAGGGAGAACCUAUAUGCACGUACCUCAAGAUCUCGAUGUCGAUUUACGAAAAGAACCCGGCAGCAUCACCAAUUAUAUCCCCAAGAAGCUGGUUCAUACAUGGAAGAACCACGACAACAAAGCCGUUACCGCUCUUCGAUUCUUUCCCAACUCGGGACAUCUAUUACUAUCAUCUGGAGCAGAUAGUACGGUCAAGAUCUGGGACGUUUAUCAUCAAAAGGAGCUAUUACGAAGUUAUCUGGGCCAUUCCAAAGCCGUAUCGGAUAUAUGCUUCAACAACUCUGGCACGCAAUUCCUCUCGGCAUCAUACGACCGACAGAUGAAAUUAUGGGAUACCGAAACGGGCGCAUGUCUAAAUAAGUUUACAACCGGAAAGACACCACACGUCAUUAAGUUCAACCCUUCUCCUGAGCAUUCCCAUGAAUUCCUCGCAGGUAUGUCGGAUAAGAAGAUUGUUCAAUUCGACACCCGGACGAGGGAGCUUGUCCAAGAGUACGAUCACCACCUGAACGCCAUCAACACAAUCACCUUUGUUGACGAUAACCGACGAUUCAUGACUACAUCGGACGACAAGAGUUUACGCGCCUGGGACUAUAAUAUCCCCGUACCCAUCAAGUACAUUGCGGAACCAUAUAUGUUCCCGAUGACGCGCGCAUGUCUACACCCUUCAAACAAAUACGUGGCGUACCAAUCAUCUGAUAAUCAGAUCGUCGUAUACGGUGCCAAUGACAAGUUCAGGCAGAACAGGAAGAAAAGUUACAGAGGCCACAACAACGCUGGUACAGCCAUCGACGUCGCGUGCAGUCCCGACGGGCAGUUUCUUGCUAGCGGCGACAGCGGCGGAUUCGUCUGCUUCUGGGAUUGGAAGACGUGUAAGAUGUAUCAUAAGCUGCAAGCUGGCGACCAACCGAUCACGUGCGUGCAGUGGCAUCCUCAGGAGACGAGUAAAGUUGUGGCGGCGGGUCUUGACGGUAUAAUCAGAUAUUGGGAUUAGAUAGGGGAAGUUUGCAUAGCAGGGCAUGAUAUAACUCGGCGUUUUAGGACAGGUCUCUAUUGGCGAUACCAUUAUAUGACAUUCUCGAUGAAUAAUUCCAACUCAAGCAUACCGCCCCCGACGUGUUUGGCGUAGGAUCCUUUAUCCAACGUUCUAAAAGACCCCUUGCCUGAUUGUCAUUAUAGGGACGCAGCCACUAUUAAAAGCUUUACAUGUAGGUAGGAACAAUGUACUGCAUGGCCAGGAAUCAUUCCGUGAGU